CAAUCCACCAUGUCGUCUAAACCCAUCACAUCCAACGCCCCAGAGGAAGGGCAAAAGCACACCCCUUCCCAAACCAAACUCUUCAACCCUUUCCAAAUCCGCGGUCUCACUCUUAGAAACCGUAUAAUCGUGGCACCGAUGGGCAUGUAUAGCUCACCCAAUGGAAACUUCACUGACUUCCACCUCAUGCACCACGGCCACUUCACCUUUCGGGGCGCAGGCAUGAGUAUCAUUGAAGUCAGCGCCGUCACUGCGAGUGGACGCACCUCGCCAGAAGAUGCUGGACUGUGGGACGACUCGCAGAUUCCGGGGUUGAAAAAAGUGGUGGAUUACGUUCACGCGCAAGAAGGCGGUGGCGGGAAGAUUGCGAUUCAACUGGGGCAUGCAGGCAGAAAGGGGGGUAUGACGCCUAUCUAUCCAGGACGUGAACAUCAUAUCGUGGCCAAAGAUGACGGUGGGUGGGAAGACGAGAUUUUGGGUGCGAGCGCGGUUCAGUUUUUGCCGUCUUAUAUCAUGCCGAAAGAGAUGAGUGGAGAACAGAUCCGAGAGGUUGUCGUUGCUUUUGGGGCUGCGGCGGCUCGGGCUGUGAAGGCUGGUGUGGAUGCCAUUGAGGUCCACGGCGCCCAUGGCUACCUCAUCAGUUCGUUUCUCUCACCUAUCGCCAACUUCCGAACCGAUGCUUAUGGCGGCUCUUUCGAGAACAGGAUACGCAUUCUUCUGGAAGUCGUCCAGUCUAUUCGUAGCAACAUCCCAGAUACAAUGCCCCUGUUCGUACGUAUUUCAGCGGUAGACUGGAUGGAACAUGAACCGAGCACACCGCAGUGGACUAUCCAAGACUCAGUCAAACUGUCCCUCAUUUUGAGCGAUCUAGGCGUGGAUGUCAUCGAUGUAUCGUCAGGAGGCAACAACCCCGAGCAAAAGAUUCUUGUCACCCCGUACUAUCAGAUCAAUUUUGCAGCAGCCAUCCGAAAAGCGUUGAAGGAGGCUGGAAAAACUAUGCUGGUCGCGGCUGUUGGGUCGAUUGACAACGCGGCAUUGGCAACGGAAGUUUUGGAUGAGGAAAAAGCCGAUAUGGUGUUAGUUGCGCGAGAGUUCAUGCGGAAUCCGGGUCUGGUAUAUACGUGGGCUGAGCAACUGAAUGUACAGCUGCCAUGGCCACGACAGUAUCUUAGAGCCCCUCGCGAUUCAAAGCUACGUGCUACCAUAUAA